AUGUCUUCGACUGGCGCUGACCUUGAGAUGUCUGACCAGUCGAUAGGCAAUGAAAGCGAUACCUCCGGAGGGUCUUUCCGGCCAGAUUGCGACGGCGAAGAAUCAGAUGACGGCCAACUUCGCGGCUCGACAGCCCAGACUUCGCCAGAAAUUCCUCCGCUUCCCGAUCGCCGCGAGAACGACGACCCCGACGAUGACACAGAUGAGGAUAUCGCAAAUGUUCCUCUGGACUACGGGCGUUCCGAUCAAACCUUGGUCCGUCGGGCCCGGAUCGAGCAACGCUGGCACAAGUACUGUGGAGUAAAGGCUGGAGGCUCUGAUGCACUUCCAAAAUGGAGCGAUGCGGAGGAGGCUCUUCGUCAAGUCACCUCCAACGAUGUCCAUCGAUUCCUCAACUACUGCAUGAAGCUCAAGUACGGUGUAGGUGGCAGACACCUAAAAGGCACAAAUAAAGCGAGCGCCCUUAAAGCAGACUGGAAGGGGUUUCAAGGUUACUAUUGGAGAAUCACCCGCGCCAAGCUCAGCCCUGAGGAUAGAGAAGAGAUCAAUGCCGGGAUUCGCAAACUGAUCGACAAGUUCGAGCUAGAUGACCAAGAGCGAGGCAAGGAGCCAGUCUAUGUCCAAGACUUGACCGAAUUGAAUGAGACCAUUCUCCGAACACAGGAAAGGCGAUUCAACUUCGGAUAUGAGCGUAUCCAGAUGUGUCUUUUCAGCAUGAUUGGCAUAUUCACGGUGAAUCGACUGAGUGCUCUGCUGUCCUUACAAUUCAAGCAUCUCCAGUUCUCUAUACAAAAGGAUCCUCAGGGUGGCCCUCCCGUGCUUCUGGCGGAGGUCAGGUCAGAGCAUACGAAGCAAUUCUUCGGGUCUGAAGCUAUUAACACCUUUCCGUUCCCCGAAAUUAUUGACGAUCCGUCGCUUAUCUUCAGCCCCCACGUUUUCCUCUUUGGUAUACUUUUCUGGCUGCAGGCUUUUGAAUCCCCGGCCCUUUCCUCUAUGGAAAAACUCCGAAGUCUAUUUGUUGAAGGUGGUCGCCAGCAGAUGCCACUCCCCUUGAAACCUGAGGUAGAGGAAUAUUAUGUAUUUUGCAAAACUGAAGUGGUCAACGGGCACCCGGUUCUUCUGUGGGAUCAACCUAUGCUCGGUGGCACAAUGUCUGUUCGACUGAAGAAUCUCGGGGAGAUUCAUGGUUGGCUUCAGUCGAUGUUUGCGCACCGCAUGCGCUAUGGAGGUGGAAAAAUGUUGAACAAUAGUGAUGCGGUCAGCGAAGCUCAGCAAAAUUUGAUCAUGAAACACGCAGAUUCUCGCACAUUCCUCAACCAUUACCUUCCGCGACAUGUUGACACGGACAUGCAAAAUGUGAUGAACGGCCGGCAAUCCAACAAACCACUCAUGCGUGCAAUCACCCGCAUGAGCAGGUGGAUUGAUACCAGACGGCCUCGACGCCUGACUCCUGAGCAACGAGCGUCGAUCCGUGAACAUCCAGAGUAUGUCGAAGUGGUCCGGCGAUUGGAUGAGCAAGCUGAAAUCUGCAUCUAUGAUCCGAGUGAACAGAUGCAAUUGCGACGUGACAAACUAACACGCGAAAAGCUCAACACUUUUGGUCGGCUAGAGAGGGCAUUGAGAAAGAAAGUUCGAAUGGAGUUUGAUCGGAAACAGGCGAAUAUAGACAUUGAGCGACAGCUCUCCGGAGCGGCUAUCGACAACGAGGAAGCGAGAAACGUGUUGCGAACAGACAGUAUGCUGCCAGAGCAGAUUGAUCUUCUCGAAAAAUUAGACGAAAUGCUGCUGUCGCUGUUAUCUCGCAAUAUUGUUGUCACCUUGAAGGCGGGCCACUGCGUGGACGACGUAAACGGCCGGCUCCAAGCGAUGGCAGAGCAAACAACAAAGACACUCGUCAUUCCUCCUGAAAUUUCGAAGGAAGAGUUGCUUCUGGAGAGGGCUGGAAACCAUAUCCGGAAGGCUAAAGACCUCGACGAUGUUUCCAGUGUUAUGGCGAUACCCGGUUGUCUGUUCAUCGUCGAACACAAAAGUAUAGCGAAUACAAAUCAACUUUGCGACACUUUCGAGGAAAGCACUUGGAGGAUCGGAGAUGUCAUAUGUGUAGCGAGGAUCUCCUACACGAAAUGCAUCUUCGCAGGCAUGCAGAAGAUGUUCAUCGUCUUGCUACCGAACGCAAUUACUACGCAAAAGAAGAGUCAGGUUCGGACAUUGAUACGGACUGAUGCGUUCAAUCUGUUCAGCUCAGACAACAUGAUGUGGGUGAGUUUAGAUAAAUCAAGGAAAGAGAUUGUCGUCGAAAACUAA